CAUAUAUCUCUCUAGUUUAUUUUUCCAUUCCCAAAUAGAUCACAAUUUUCCACUGUGAAGAGGAAGAGGAGGAGGAAGAUGAAGGAGAAAAGAAAGAGGAAGAAGAAGAAGGAGGAGGAGGAGGAGAAGAAGGAGAAGGAGAAGGAGAAGGAGGAGAAGGAGAAGGAGAAGGAGAAGGAGAAGGAGAAGGAGAAGAAGAAGAAGAAGAAGAAGAAGAAGAAGAAGAAGAAGAAGAAGAAGAAGAAGAAGAAGAAGUAGUAAUAGUAGUAGUAGUAGUAGUAGUAGUAGUAGUAGUAGUAGUAGUAGUAGUAGUAGUAGUAGUAUCAGUCCCAUUAGACAGGGACUAAUGGAAAGAAAAGGAGAACUGGGCUAAAAAUCUCUGCCCUCAGGGUCACGGGGUUGGAAAGCCCAAGGGUUUUCAAGGUUUGCUCCUUGACCUGUUGGUGAGCAGAGGACAGAGGUUUCACUUGCCAAGGCUGUGAUAGUGGAACACUCUGAGGCCACAUCACUCCAGUCCCAGGUCCAGCCCUUGGCAGACAGGCACCAGGAGGGCCAACCUCUUUGGGCAGGGCCAGCAGAAGCCGGGAGCUAUACUCAGCACACUGGCAGUCUCACUGGGACACCUGGAAAAAAGGCCAGACAGGCAGUGCCUGGGGGAGGGGUGCUCACUUGCACAGGGCCCAUUGCCCCAUGACUCUGAGUUUGAGCUAUGCGGAGGACACAGAGAGAACCUGGAACAGGGCUGCACAGGGGCCUUCCUUUGCCUCUGCCCAGCACCCAUUCACAGGCUCGCUUUUAUAUCCUCUCUGUAAAAUGCAACUUCCUCCUCCGGAAACAGUAUUGAUUAGAGUGAAUGUCAUGGAUCCAGUGAGACAGAUCCAGUGCGACCGUGAAGGCAAACGCUUUCCGUUCCUCUCAGCUCCACCAGGUCUGGUAAGAGCAGUAGGGGCUCCUGUCCCUACAGACCUAGAGGCAAACCCAGUAAUCUCUCUGAAUCCACUGUUGUCCUAGGCCCUAGUAGUCUGAGACCAGCCUGCACCUAGUAACUUCUCAGGAUUACCGUUUCUGGCCGUGUAUAUUCAUUCUCAUGCCCUGUACAGACCUGGGAUCUUUUUGGACUGGGGAUAGUCCGUUGCAGCGCUACCCACCAGCCCUGUAAUCUCUAUCUGACCUUGCCAAGUCUCCACCUUUUCCUUAGAAAAGUGCAAUUAUGGAUGAGUAUCUCUCUUCUCAGUCCUACCUAAGUCAGCCGCCGAACGCUGAGCCAUGCUUAGAACCGUGAAUAGUGGCGAAGUUACUUUGUUGCAACUGUUAGUGUCUGUGGUUAUUUCCAAAAAAGCAUUGUGCCUGGCGGAUUCUAAGUGUCCACUAAAUGCGGGGCGUGGCCACAGGCCACUCGUCGGCCUGGGGUGACUCUGUGUCCCGCCCCACUCCUGAUCCGCCCCCAUGGGCGGGUCCUAAGGUGUCUUAACGCGCCCGCCCGCAGCACCGGGCCUCGGUCACUGCCGGUCGCUUCCUGAGCCUCCUCUGGCUCUGUGUCUCUGUCCUCAGCUUCCACGUCCUCGCCCGACCGCGCCAUGGAGGGUUACCAUAAGCCAGAUCAGCAGAAGCUCCAGGCCCUGAAGGACACAGCCAAUCGCCUGCGCAUCAGCUCCAUCCAGGCCACCACCGCGGCAGGCUCGGGACACCCCACAUCAUGCUGCAGCGCUGCCGAGAUCAUGGCUGUCCUGUUUUUCCAUACCAUGCGCUACAAGGCCCUGGAUCCCCGAAACCCUCACAAUGAUCGCUUUGUGCUCUCCAAGGGCCAUGCAGCUCCCAUCUUAUAUGCAGUCUGGGCUGAAGCUGGCUUCCUGCCUGAGGCAGAGCUGCUGAACCUGAGGAAAAUCAGCUCUGACUUGGAUGGGCAUCCUGUCCCGAAACAAGCCUUCACCGAUGUGGCCACUGGCUCCCUGGGCCAGGGGCUGGGAGCUGCGUGCGGGAUGGCAUACACAGGCAAAUACUUCGACAAAGCCAGCUACCGAGUCUAUUGCAUGCUGGGAGACGGGGAGGUGUCCGAGGGCUCCGUUUGGGAGGCCAUGGCCUUCGCUGGAAUUUACAAGCUGGACAACCUCGUUGCCAUUUUUGACAUCAACCGUCUGGGCCAGAGCGACCCAGCCCCGCUGCAGCACCAAGUGGACGUCUACCAGAAGCGCUGUGAGGCCUUUGGCUGGCAUGCCAUCAUCGUGGAUGGGCACAGUGUGGAGGAGCUGUGCAAGGCCUUUGGUCAGGCCAAGCACCAACCAACAGCCAUCAUUGCCAAGACCUUCAAGGGCCGCGGGAUCACAGGGAUUGAAGACAAGGAGGCGUGGCAUGGGAAGCCCCUCCCCAAAAACAUGGCUGAGCAGAUUAUCCAGGAGAUUUACAGCCAGGUUCAGAGCAAAAAGAAGAUCCUCGCCACGCCCCCUCAGGAGGAUGCCCCUUCCGUGGACAUUGCCAACAUCCGAAUGCCUACCCCACCCAACUACAAAGUGGGGGACAAGAUAGCCACACGGAAAGCCUAUGGAUUGGCCCUUGCCAAGCUGGGCCACGCCAGUGACCGCAUCAUCGCCCUGGAUGGAGACACCAAAAAUUCCACCUUCUCAGAGCUCUUCAAAAAGGAGCACCCAGACCGUUUCAUCGAGUGCUACAUUGCUGAGCAGAACAUGGUGAGCAUUGCUGUGGGCUGUGCCACACGUGACAGGACAGUGCCCUUCUGCAGCACUUUUGCGGCCUUCUUCACACGCGCCUUCGACCAGAUCCGCAUGGCCGCCAUCUCCGAGAGCAACAUCAACCUCUGUGGCUCCCAUUGCGGCGUGUCCAUUGGGGAAGACGGGCCCUCGCAGAUGGCCCUGGAAGACCUGGCCAUGUUUCGGUCGGUCCCUAUGUCCACCGUCUUUUACCCAAGUGAUGGAGUUGCCACAGAGAAGGCAGUGGAAUUAGCAGCCAAUACAAAGGGCAUCUGCUUCAUUCGGACCAGCCGCCCAGAAAAUGCCAUUAUCUAUAGCAACAACGAGGAUUUCCAGGUUGGCCAAGCCAAGGUGGUCCUGAAGAGCAAGGACGACCAAGUGACGGUGAUCGGGGCUGGCGUAACUCUGCACGAGGCUCUGGCUGCUGCAGAGAUGUUGAAGAAAGAGAAGAUCGGCGUCCGUGUACUGGACCCCUUCACCAUCAAGCCCCUGGACAAAAAGCUCAUUCUCGACUGUGCCAGAGCAACCAAAGGCAGGAUCCUCACCGUGGAGGACCACUACUAUGAAGGUGGCAUAGGCGAGGCAGUAUCUGCUGCGGUAGUGGGCGAACCUGGAGUCACAGUCACUCGCCUGGCGGUCAGCCAAGUACCACGAAGUGGGAAGCCAGCUGAGCUGCUGAAGAUGUUUGGUAUUGACAAAGACGCCAUUGUGCAAGCUGUGAAGGGCCUUGUCACCAAGGGCUAGGAAGGACAUGGGAUGCCGGGUGGGUGAACUACACAUUCCAGGGAUGUUCUGGCAAAGGUGCUCAAGGGUGUACCGAGUGGAAAGGUAAAUAUAUGUUUUGAGAAAAAAAUUAA